UUCGCCAAUAAGGGUCUCCACACCCGGCAGUCGCCGGUCACUCAUGGCUGUGCAACUCAAGUGGAUCUGAGCCUUUGAGUUUCUGGAGACCCGCAGAAGCAACCAGAACUCCCAGACCGGCUUGUUCCGGUAGCAGGUUAGACAGGUUGACCUUGGCCGCUCCUCUUUGCACUCUGCAACCCCUUGUCGAAGCACAUGAUGUCGUGGGCUGUUGUCAGUCUGACAAGGACAGCUGCCCGAUGCGUUCGUGAGCGAUGCCUCGGGUUCCGCGUAGGUCCUUGGUACGCCUUCCAGCAGGAAACCCCCGGCUGCGGUCCAGCACCACACAGGACGCUACGUGUCAGCGCGGCGGUCUCCGCGGGACACAAUAAAUGGUCUAAAGUCCGGCACAUCAAGGGCCCCAAGGACAUGGAAAGGAGUCGAAUCUUCUCUAAACUCGCUCUCAGUAUCCGCCUGGCUGUUAAAGAGGGAGGCCCCAACCCUGAGAACAACAGCCACCUGGCCAACAUCUUAGAGGUGUGUCGAAGCAAGCAUAUGCCCAAGUCAACCAUUGAGUCAGCACUGAAAACAGAGAAAAACAAGGGCGUUCAUUUGCUGUAUGAGUGUCGAGGUCCUGGUGGCUCUUCUCUGCUGAUUGAGGCAUUAUCAAACAGUGGUCCCAAGUGCCAUUUGGACAUUAAAUAUAUCCUGAACAAGAAUGGGGGAGUGAUGGCCGAGGGAGCGCGCCAUUUCUUUGACAAGAAAGGAGUGGUUGUGGUCGGAGUGGAGGACAGAGAGAAGAAAGCUGUGAACCUGGAGCGCGCCCUGGAGCUGGCAAUCGAAGCAGGAGCUGAGGAUGUGAAGGAAGCUGAGGACGAAGAAGAAAAGAACCUUUUUAAAUUUAUUUGUGAUGCCUCUUCAUUGCAUGAAGUGAGAAAGAAAUUGGACUCUCUGGGCCUGUGUUCUGUGUCCUGUUCCCUGGAAUUCAUCCCCAACUUAAAGGUGCAGCUGGCUGAGCCUGACCUGGAGCAGGCUGUUCACCUCAUCCAGGCUCUCAGCAACUAUGAGGACGUGAUUCAUGUUUAUGACAAUAUCGAAUAACCAGACUAUGCAUGUCUCCAGGCUCUUUGUUAGGUUGCAUGAGCCUAUGCAGAAAAUUGGAGGCUGCAACACUUGGGCACCUAUCAGAGACCUGAUACUAUAGCUUACAGCCAUAAGAGAAAGGAACUCUUAGCUCUGUUGGUGUAACAGGGCCAUCUGGGAUACAAGGUGAGACUAGCCAGCUGGUCUGACUCUCAUCUCAGGUGACUGGCCCUUGUCAAGAUUUUAAGUGUCUUGUGGUACUAUAGAGUGGGAAGUGAUCAUCAGUAAUAACAGCUGUGAUUGGUUAUUCUUGGAUGCUGCAUUGCUGGUAUGACUCUUGAGUUGUCCCCAGUUUGUGUCCAGGUUUUGAAUUUCUGGACUAAUGUUCAGGCCUAUAUGCUUAUUUCUAUACUUUAAUAUUAAGAUUGUCUUUUUUCUUUUCUUUGCUUUGCUUUUUGCAAUAGAAAUGUGACUGUUCUGUGUGGCUGAA